GUGAACUUCGGUCAGGCUGCGUGGGAAGAAGCUUGGCUCCGUGACACCGCUCUAACCUUGUGCUGCUCGCCGCGCCGCACGACGCGAUCAUGGGGAGCGCGCUGGUUAAAUGCGCCGUCACCGACCUGGGCAUCCAGUGGGCUGGCUGGGCUGUGGCUGCGGCUCUCAGAACCGAGAAGUUUUAUGACUUGGCGGGAUCUGCCACAUUUAUACUACUUGCGCACCUGAGUCGUAUCUGGGGAGGAGCCAGUCAUGUCCGACAGCAGGUGCAGACUGGACUGGUGACAGCAUGGGGACUCAGGCUGGGUACCUUCCUCUUCAUGCGGAUCCUGAAGGACGGACAUGAUCGCAGGUUCAACAAUGUCAGAGACAGCCCAGGGACUUUCUUUGUAUACUGGACUAUUCAGGCUGUGUGGGUGUUUGUGACCCUCCUACCCACCCUCAUCCUGAACAAUGAGAAGCGAGACACACCUCUGGGAGCGAGAGACUAUAUUGGCUGGACUGUAUGGGCACUUGGCUUCGCUACUGAGGCUAUUGCUGACCAGCAGAAAUGGCUUUUCAGGCGAGACUCACACAACGCUGGGAAAUUCAUCCAGAGUGGACUGUGGGCCUACAGCAGACACCCUAACUAUUUUGGAGAGAUUCUGCAGUGGUCAGGUCUGUGGCUCUCAGCCUCAUCAGUGAUGCAGGGACCUCAGCUGAGUGUGGGGUCCCCGCUCUUGGUCUGGUUCCUGCUACGCUACGUCAGCGGUAUCCCCAUCCUGGAGAAACAGGCCAUGAAGAGGUGGGGCUCUGACCCAGCCUUCCAGGCCUACAUCAGGAACACCCCUCUUCUCUGGCCAUGGCCUAAACUUUGAUGUUGUUGGACAUCUACUCAACU